AUGAAUUUUUUAUCACCGACUUUGGUUUUUAUUUUCGCUCUUAACUGCUGGUCCUUAAAAUUUUCCAUUUCUGAGUACCCAUGGAUUAAAGCCUGUCGUGUUUGGGAGAGAGACUGCGGAAAGCCUAAUCCAAAACAUAUACAGCUAACAUACAUCAAGUUUCUGUACGGGGGUUGUACCCACAUAAUCGGGAAUUUGGUUAUAUGUGGUCUAGAGAAACUUGAAAAUGGAUCCGAUCCUGAUCUUUCUUUUCUUGAAAAGAUUGAAGACGUGUCUGGUUAUGUUUACAUUGGUCAAAACAGCGUUAAAACGAUAUCAUUACCUUCUUUGAAAGUUAUUCGUGGCGAACCAGGAUAUCGUAUCAUGAAUACUAGUGCUGCACUUGUCGUUAAUCGAAACAGUCUUGAAAUCCUAGAUUUGCGAAGUUUGACGGCCAUUCAACGCAACGAUAUUGUGGCGCUAAAUAAUCAGUUUUUGUGCAACUUUGGUUUCACGGUUGAUUGGGAACAGAUUUUUGAAGACAACAGUAAGCAGAUGUUUAUACCUGAUAGAAAAGAAAAGACAGUUUCUCACGCCGGUUGUGAUAUUGAUCGCACCAAACAUUCCUGUCAUGGUUCCUGUCCUGUGGUAAAUGGACGAGGCUAUUGCUGGGGUCCAAAGCCUGAGAUGUGUCAAAAAAUGCUGAAAUGCGCUAACAAUCUUGAUAACUAUUGUCUUGGUGGUAGAGCGACUACACAACCGUGUCUGGAAGAAUGCUUGGGUGGAUGCGAAACUCGUCCUGGCAAUUGUAGAGCAUGCAAACAUGCGAUGAAUGAUGGCAAAUGUGUAUCACAAUGUCCGCCACCAUUGAUAGUUAGUCGAGAAGAGAGUAGAACUAUUGCGAAUCCAGAAUUCAAAUAUAACUUUCAUGACAUUUGUGUUAAAAAAUGUCCAGCACCAUUUCUGAAAUCAGACAGUUACUGCGUCAUUGAAUGUGACCUGAAUACCCAGAUUCCUGUUAAUGGAACGUGCAAGGACUGUCCAAAAUCUGGAUGUCCUGAACAUUGUAAAGAAGAAACAAUCUUUCUAAAUGGAAGUUUGAAUAUCUUACAAUCAAGCUCACUACGGAAAUUUAAAUCUUGUGUUUAUUAUACUGGUGGUUUGUAUAUAAGUAAAGAAUCUUUUCAAAAAAGUUCACUGUUUCCAGAUCCAAUAGAAAACGUCAAUGAACUCUACAAUUUGUUGAACCUGAAAUCAAUUGUUGGGUACAUCUAUUUUGAUUUACGUGGAGCUCCAGAAGAAUUAAAAAAUUUAACAUUUCUGGAAAAUCUAGAAUCAGUUGUUUUGGAAGUGAAAAGUCAAUCGCCAGGAGCAGUGAUUACAAUUAUGAACGGAGAACAUAUCGAGUCAUUUGGUUUCAAAUCACUUACUAAUAUUGGGGGUUAUGUAUAUUUGAAGAAUAUGCCAAAAUUAUGUUAUAUUAGUGCGUUAACAAAAAUGUUACCUGUACGUAUGAUAGAUGUACAAGAUGAAGAACUUUGUGCUAAACGUGGUCACGUUUGCCACAGUGAAUGUUUACCAGAACUUGGUUGUUGGGGUGCUGAGGCUAAUAUGUGUGCUCAUUGUUGUGGUUUAAAGGCUGGUGAGUAUUGCGUGUCUCGAUGCACAGAUCAUCCUGGCUUUUAUGAACUUCCAACAUCUUUCAAUCAUUCAAUUCUGGCAAAGACCAAUAAUAAUCCUGUUUGUCGAACUUUACCUUUAACUAAAAGUGACAUGGCAAAAAUGGAAGAACAAGCAAUCAUUGCAUCCGUAGUCCCUUCAGAAACAUGUGCCAUCUGUCAUCCAGAAUGUGCUCAGACAUGUUAUGGUCCUAAUGCAAAUCAAUGUGUUGGAGAAUGUAAGCACUACCAGCAUGGUGAUACCUGCUUACCUGAAUGUCCACAAAAUACAUACGUAGAUCCACAAACCCAUUAUUGUUUACCUUGUAAUGAGUCGUGCAGUCACAUACUGACCACUGGGAAAAAUCACUUAUGUAGUGGCCCAGGGAACUUUCUUGGCUUGGGUGGUUGUGAAACAUGUUGGACAGUUAUACAAGAUAAGACAACAAACAAAUACCAAUGUCUACCCGAUGAUUGUCCUCCCAAACACUACACAGAAUCUUAUCAAACACAAGAUUUUAUAAACAAAGAAAAUAUCAUUGUAUCUUCUCAUAAUCAAGUUAAAAAAGGUGAACUUGGAGGUAUGAUCCGUGUGUGUAAACCGUGUCAUCCAUUUUGUGAUUUAUGUACAGCAAACGGAACACAUGCAUCUAUAUGUCAUAGUUGUACUCAUUGGUGGUUUAAAUCAGAAUGUGUAGAGGUUUGUCCACCCGCGGAAACAUAUUCACUAGCGGGAUCUGAUAAAGAGUCGGACAAUGAAGAAAAUGAUUUAAUUACUCUUAGUAACAAUACCCAGUUCUCAUCAAAUCAAUUAAAAGAAUUCACUUUUCUGUCUAACGUUUCUGCCACCACUAACGCAAGCAUUGAUGCCAGUCAACAAGAAUACAAAACGUCCUCACUAGCAGCUCCAGUAUUUCUAAUUAAACUGAAACGUUCACAGCGUCGAUGUUUGCUCUGUCAUGAACAGUGUAUUCAAGGUUGUUCUGGACCUGGUCCAGAAGAUUGUGUUAAAUGUAGAAAUUAUCAAAUUAUCUUGGAUGAAGAAACGAAUAAAUUCGUUUGUAAUUCUUCCUGUCCAGAGGAUCGCAAUCAUAUUUUUCAUGGCAUGUGUUUAACAGCUGAACAAAAUGCACGUUUAUCUGGUCAAACAGCUCGAGAAUUGCGUAAUAGAAUUCUUAUUGCUGUUUCUAUUUCCAUAUUUAUCAUUAUUGCACUCGUUACAAUAAUACUGGUGGUAUGUUUGAGACGGAAAGCUGAAGCAGAAAAAAUACGUGAACAACUACGCUCAGCAUAUACUAACUUGUUAGAACCUGAUAUGAAGACCCAGUCCGUAAGUCGUGAACCAAACAUGGGGCGGCUGGAAAUGAUCAAUCAGGAUGACUUGUCUUGUGACUUCAACUCAGCUCCUCUAGGAACAGGAUCAUUCGGAGCUGUAUACAAAGGUGUAUGGAAAGUACCUAAACAUGCUCUACUUCGAUAUAAUUGGCAUAGAGGUGCUCAACUAGAUGUUGCAAUUAAAGUUAUCUUAAAUGAUUCACCUGAAUGUUCAGUAACCACAAACCCAUCGUCCCCAUUUGAAGCUGGUAAUUCGUCUUAUUCAGAAGAAGAAGCGAAGCGGGCGUCCGUACGUGCUAAUAUUGAGGAACUUCUUCAGGAAGCUAAGGUCAUGGCAUCUGUUAUGCAUCGUCAUUGUCUUCCAUUAAUUGGAAUAUGUCUAUCUAGUGAACGUCAUUGUCUAGUUUCAAUAUUCGUCGAAUUAGGGGCCUUGGAUCGCUAUGUGAAACAACAUGCAGAUGAAUUAAAUAGUCUUACACUUUUAUCUUGGGCUGAGCAAAUUGCUGAUGGAAUGAGCUACCUGGAAAUGCGUGGAAUUAUCCAUCGAGAUUUGGCUGCUCGAAACGUUCUCGUUCAGACACGUGAACAUGUACAGAUUACUGAUUUUGGUUUAGCUAAAAUGUUAGAACGCCGUGAUGAAGAUAGUGUCAUCGUAAAAGCUGGUCGUGUGCCAAUACAUGUUUGGAGUUACGGUGUGACGUUAUGGGAAAUAUUUACAUUUGGCAAACGACCAUAUGAAGAUGUUGAUACUGUAGAUAUUAAGGAUCAUGUAAUCAAAGGUGGACGUUUGACUCAACCUGACAUAUGCACUUUGGACGUUUAUAUGGUAUUGGUAAAAUGUUGGAUGGAAGAUUACGAGUCUCGUCCUACAUUUAUUGAACUUAUGCGUACAUUUAAUACUUUUUGCAAAACUCCUGGCCGUUAUCUAUACAUUGAAGGUGAUCAAUAUGCAAUCAAUUACUUUCAUAACACAAAUUCAGGUUCUGGGAACUUUUCUUCUGAGUCUCAUGAACUCCAACCGAUGUUGUCCGUACGCGGGGUCCCUGAUGGAGGUACAACGCCACACAGGAAUAAUAGUUUACACCGUCAUCAUACUAUGUUAACAGAACCAAGUAUGACUAGACCUUAUUCUUCAGGAAAGCUACUUCGAGCUUUAUCUGACCAGCCUAUUGAAAGAUCUGAUCCAUUUUCCGUUGGUCAGACUGAUGAACAUACAGAAACACAACUUUUGCUACCCAUUCGAUCAAAUAAUGGUAAUGCUGGGAACCAUUCUACCUGGCAAUCACGGCAGCAUGGAGUUGGGACUGGAGGUUUGUCAAAUACCUCUGAUACAAAUUUUUCAGGGUUAGGUAGAAUAUGGAAGAGAUCAAAUUUUCAUGACAAAGUCAACUCAAACAGUAUAAGUUUGGUAAAACAACACAAGGCUCCUUUGGCUUCCCGAGAGGAUUCUUGGUUAAACGAUAUUCCUAGACAGUCAGAUCAUCCUGAAUCAAUAAGUUCUGUUGCUUUAUCUGACCCAGCUACUGCUUCUACCACUACUAAAACUUCAGAAUGGUCAGGAAUAUCACCUUCUUAUAAUAAAUCACGCAAUCAUUCCAAUUUUGGUGGUAAAAAUUUAGAGGAAAUGAGCACUAAAUUCAGCCCGCGCACACAUGACAAUUCACAAAACAGUUUUAGAAAAAAUACUGUUUCAGACUAUCUGCUUGAGCGACCACCGCCACCGCCUGUACCACGUGGCUUACCAGAUGACUAUUUACAGCCGAAGACUAAAAACCCUUCAAAUAUAUCAAACGCAUACAGUAGUGCGCCGUCAAAAUCAAUGAAUUAUACCGAAUUGGGCCCACCGAUGGUUACCAAUGCUUCUACUACUAGAGAUGAAUACUUAAGUCCGAAUAUGCAGCCACCAGAAGAAUACUUAUCUCCAAUAUCCAGUGGAUUUAGCGUAACCAAUCCAGAGUAUUUAAUGGAAACAUACGGUCAUCCACAUCAAUACCCAGAGCCAAAUACAUUAAAACAAAGCACAAAUCCUGCUAGCGAUUCAAAUUCCCCGCUGAAAUUGCAGGAUAAAACAAACCAAAAGUAA